AAAGAUGUCAGAUUCAGUAGUUAACGUUGUGCAAAGCAUUUGUGAAACAUCAUUAUUAAGAAGUUCUUUCCCGAAUAAUAGGAAUAAUACUAAUAUAUCACUGUUUGAAAAUGACGAGAGGUCACAUGAAUUAAAUUAUUUAUCAUUGACACAGAACUUGGGUAAUAAUGGUGAAUUACAUGACGAAGAUUCUAGUCACUCCACAAAUUUAAAUAUCGAUCAUAAUAAUAUUGAAAAUACUUUUAACGAUAUCUUUGAAAUCAAAGUAAUAAAUGAAAGUAAUUCUAAUAAUAACAAAGUAAUUGAUAACGUUAAUACAGAAUCUGAUCAUCUUGAGUCUAAUGGCUCUUCAAAUUUCUUGCCAUGGCUUCAAGAUUGGGCAAUCAAAAACCGCAUAUCACACGUUGCAUUGACCGAAUUAAUGACUCGCAUAAAACCUAAAUAUUCGGAAUUACCUACCGAUGCACGUAGUUUAUUGAGAACUCCUAGGAAGAUAAAUGUACAAAAUUUUGCAUCAGUAAAAAUGUCAGAUCAAACAUGGACGGUCGUCAGAUUUAUUGACGAAGAUACAGUCGAGGCAGUACCAUCUAGUUGGAUCAUACAAAACCGAUGUUACUGGCCGCCGUUUAAAAACGAGAAAAUUAUGGCUAUUAUUCGUAAAAAUGAACAACCGAAUACGUGUUGGCCUUCUUACGAAAUUAGUAUCUUUCGAAACAGUACUUUUGCCGAUUACAAAACUGCCAGGGAAAAAUGCAAAAAGUCUGAGUUCACCUCCGACUUGAAUUCUGACGUAGAUAUACGGCGAAAACAAUCCAGUAAGACAUUGUCUUCUUCAGAAGAUGAGGAUAAUAGGACUCUGCCAAUGCCUCCGGUCUUGAAACAAGUAACGGACGCUCAAAGCAAAAAAAAGAAUAAAUAUCGGUUCGCCUUUUCAGCAAGUAAAAGUGAUGAUGAGUCUGCAGAAGACAUUUUAGCAGUGCCGCAAAUUUUCAAUAAAGAACUUCCGAAAAUAAAAGAGUUUCAUUCGGAAUCCAGUGCGUUACAUGAACAAAAUGAUGAGCCAUCAAACAUUUUGGGUAACAGGAUUUCCAACAGUGCAUUUAAUAAUUCGAUUUGCACUUGCAAACGCUGCCCAAUCCACAAAGAUUUGCAAAAUAAUAACGAUUCUGUGAUAUAUUUUAAAGAAAUUAUACGGCAACAGCAUCUCUUUAAAGCAGAAAUUUGGCAGCAAAGCGAUAACAUAAGAGUCAUUAAAAAUACAUUAGAGAAUCUGCAUCAUAAUACAAAUGGCAAUAAUGCAGAAGGCAAUACGAGACAGCAAUCCAUUUUUUAUUCCUGCAAUAUUCCCAUACAAAAUGAAAGGCAGUUAGAGGAACAGAUGGAGGACUUCUUGAAAAUUGAUGAGAAUUUUGAUACAUCGAUUUUGGAAGCUUCAAAAGUUGGAGGAAAGAGUGCUUACGAAUUCGUAAAGCGUACCUUGAGCCAAAUUCUUACCAAUGAACUAGCUGCUAAAUAUAGUUGGCUAGGAAGAAAGAAUAAACGUGUAUUCCAGACAUUAAAGCUAUCACAGUUAUUAAUUGCUGCAGGUGAAAAAGUUAACGCUACUUUCACAAAAAAGGAUAUCGAAGAAGCAAUACAAAAAUGGUUGAAAAGAGCGAAAGAAAGUAAACACGAAGUAUUAGAUCUUCAGUUAGAUUCAAGAGAAAUGACGCAAACAAAAGUACACGAUAACACGUUAAAGAUCAAGAAAACCAAGAUACAGAGGUUAGAAAAAGAUACAAAUGUCAAGCGUUGGAUAGAGGAAGUUGUGCAUCUGCGGCUACAAGUGCAAAUUGAGGAGCUGCAUAAAAAUAUUCUAUUCUUUAAACAAGAAAACGAAUAUAUUCGACGUCUCGUAGAAAAAUGUCGCUGUUUAUCGGAGGAUAUAAAGAGUUUGCAACAAUUGCUACCGAUCAGAGACACAUAUUCCGGACUCACGACAACGGUUAAACACUUACAAGUAACGUAUCACAACGAGCACGGGAUAAUAGCCACAUUAACCGGGAUGUUUCGCGGCUCGAUAAACAUUCAGCAGAUCGCUGCGAAACUAUUAUCGUUUAUAGAACACUGGAAUCCGAGAGACAACAUGGUAACGAGUCAUGUUUCAUCCGCUCCAAGAACACAGGCUCCUUUGGAGCCACCGAGUUCCAUGAUAUUCGACGUUUAUUAAAACGUUUAUAAUAUACAAAUAUAAUGAA